CUAUUCUAUGUUGUCUCGUUGUCUGUGGUUGACGUUGACGUGACGUGUGUUUUCGUAAUUUUUGUAAACAAACAGUAGUGAGUGAUUUUUUUAUUUAUUUUAACUCCUUUAUUACAGUCUUAAACAACAACGUUAUACUAAAACUCAAAAUGUUGAAGGCAGUGAUUCUCAUCGGUGGCCCGCAAAAAGGGACUCGCUUCCGCCCGCUUUCACUGGACAUCCCAAAGCCGCUGUUCCCGGUGGCCGGGCUGCCUCUCAUCCAGCACCACAUCGAGGCAUGCGUCCAGCUCGAGGAGUGCAAGGAGAUCCUCAUCAUCGGCUCCUACACCGUCAACCUGAUGCAGCAGUUUGUGAGCGACAUGAUGAAGGAGUAUCAUGUUACUAUCAGAUACCUCCAAGAGUUCACCCCCCUGGGCACUGCGGGGGGCUUGUACCACUUCAGAGACCAGAUCCGGGCGGGCGACCCGGCGGCCUUCUUUCUGCUGAACGGAGACGUGUGCGCCGACUUCCCACUGAAGGAACUGUGGAAGUUCCACGAGGAGAAGGGACCUAAUGCCGUGGUAACAAUAAUGGGCACAGAAGCCACACGCCAACAGUCCGUCCACUACGGCUGCAUGGCUCUAUCCGCCGACGCCGCAGUGACCCACUACGUGGAGAAGCCCAGCACGUACGUGGCGACGCUCAUCAACUGCGGCGCCUACGUGUGUGCGCCCACCUGCUUCCACAUCAUGGCCGAGCUGUUCCAGAAGAAGCAGAAGAAUUACUAUACCGGUAAUGGCGUCCACACCCCCGAGUACAUGUCGUGGGAGCAAGACGUGCUCGCCCCGUUAGCUGGUACCAACAAACUGUUCGCCAUGCAGGUAACAAACUGGUGGUCCCAGCUAAAGACAGCCGGGUCUGCCAUCUACGCGAACCGCCACUACCUGCAGCUGUACCGGCGGCGCGCGCCGGCGCGGCUGAGCCUCGGCCCGCACCUACUGCCUGAUGUGUAUAUACACCCCACCGCCACUGUCGACGAUAGCGCUGUGAUAGGCCCUAACGUGUCAAUCGGCGCGGGCGUCCAGGUGCAGGCCGGAGUCCGGAUCAAGGAGUCCAUCAUUCUGAACAACGCGACGAUCCACGAGCACGCGCUGGUUAUGUACUCUGUCGUGGGUCAAGACGCCACGGUGGGUCCGUGGGCGCGCGUGGAGGGCACCCCGUCCGACCCCGACCCCGACAAGCCGUUCGCCAAGAUGGACAACACGCCGCUCUUCAACGCCGACGGGCGGCUCAACCCCUCCAUUACUAUACUUGGUGCCGGCGUGAGCGUGCCUGCCGAGACGAUCCUGCUCAAUUCGAUAGUCCUGCCGCACAAACAGCUGACACGGAGCUUCAAGCACGAGAUCAUUUUAUAGUACCUUCCAGAUUUAGUCGUAUAGCCCAGUAACACUUUUAGGCUGAAUAUUUAAAAAACUAGAAGAACCUUUCGAUGAAAACGUAUUAUGAAAAGGAGUUUCUCAUUUUGUCAUUUUUUUAGGUCUAGCAUGCGCGUGGUAAAUAGUGCCACAGAGAGUCAAUAUAAAUGUGCGCUAUGCAGCCUUUCAAGAAGAAUAUUGAUGUAUUUUCGUUUUGAUUACCUUUUUUAUUUUUGUGUCACAAAUGAAUUCAAUAACUUUGUUCCUUCUUUCCUGUGAAUCCAAUGCAAGCUAUAACGAAUUAAUAAGAUUAUUUUUGUACUAUUCACUUGUAUAAAAACAUGUAUAAGAUUUGAUCGAAAACAAAAACACAAUGAAAUAUAUUUAUAUCGUUUGUUCAGCCUGAGAUACGUUCUUUACUACGACUAAUAAGUAUCGUAUGAAUGUAAAAAUAUUAAAAUGGUAUAAGCCAGUUUCCGGAUGGCUUCUCAAAGUAAACCAUGAAUGGGUAAUUGAUUAACCUUUUGGGAGCAAGCUGUAAAUAAGCCAAAGUGAUUUGUAUAUAAGUUUUCAAUAAGACAAUAAUAGGACUAACGCACAAAGCUGCAUUGUUCUUUGUUUUAGAAAUAUUUAU